UGGGGAGUCUCCAUCAGAGGCCGACCUGAACCUGUUGGACACAGCACGUAAAGUGGAGCUCUAUGGAGUGAAGAUGCAACCUGCAAAGGAUCACGAAGGAGUAUCCUUAAACCUGGCUGUAGCCCACUUGGGUGUCUUAGUCUUCCAGCACUAUACCAAAAUCAACACUUUCUCCUGGGCAAAGGUGCGCAAACUCAGCUUCAAGCGCAAGAAGUUCCUCAUCAAGCUACAUGCAGACACCUAUGAUCGACGUUUGGAAGGAGUGAGUCAUACGCCAACAAAGUCCGGAAGGGGCUAUUACAAGGACACAGUAGAAUUUUUCUUUGAAACCAGGGACAGGUGCAAGCUGUUCUGGAAGAGGUGCAUUGAGCAUCAUGCUUUCUUUCGGUGCCAGGUAGUGGCCAAAGUACCACGUAACAAGACACGGGUGGUCAGCCGAGGCUCUUCUUUCAGAUACUGCGGACGGACUCAGAAACAGCUGGUAGAAUUUGUUCGGGAAAACAUUGGCAAACGGCCUCAGUUUGAGAGAGCAACAAGUGGCCGUAUAUCCAGUCGGAGCACAAGUGUCACACCCAAGUUCUCAUCCAAACCCAGCAUGCACUCCUCUUCGGCGGAUCUACACACUAGUUCGGGCUCACGUUCCAGUGGGUCUCACAUUCUAGACAGUAACCACACCCCUGGGAGCGGGGUCUCGAGAGACCACUCGGGCACCCCUCACAGUGCCAUGAGAGUGGAGUCGGUGGAUGUGCACAGUGACAGCUCCAUGUCUGGGUCCCGGUCGCUCAACUCUCCCAGGCUGGAGCAUGGCCUCAGCAUUGACCAGGAUGUCAUCGAAGCCGUCAAUGCUAGAACUGAAGGUGCCAUGACCGACGACGAGGAUAUCGACGAUGUCAAGGACGACGCUUACCACCCCGGCCGAGAAGGGAUGUCACAUGUGGCCUCCGACACAAAAGUGUCUGCCCUUGUUACACAUGGACUGUCGUUGAAAGAUCGCAAGUUGUCAGCCCCUGUCAUCGGUGCCCACCACAAGGAGGAAGAAGACAUCAUCGAGGAGAAUCAUCGCCUUUCACGGACGGCCGAGAUUGAGAACAUUCCUGAGGUUGUGGAAGAAGAACACAGCAUACCUGUAAAACUACCGUUGCCCAGCCCUCCCCAACGCAGCUCAAGUUUAAAGGUUAUCCUCCAGGCUUCUGAUCGGUCAGAUGACAUUGAUGAUCUCCCACCGCCGCCACCUUCACCGCCACCGCCUCCACCACCUUUUGAAGAUGACGAGCCUCUGCCUCCUGUGCCAGAUGAUAUUACGGAUGAGAACGGAAGAAGAGACCACACUGAUGGGAUCAGUCUGCAGAUGAAGGCAUCAGAUGUUCACUCCAGCCAGAAGAGGCUCGAGGAAAAACUUCAGUCCCUUGUAGUCAAUGAUGAAAACUAUUUGAUAGGCACCAAAAAGCGCACGGAUGCACUAUCUCUGUCGGACAGGCAUAUUGAUAUGUCAGCCGAGGAUCACAGCAAGUUUCCGUCUAUGCUGGAUGAGGACUCAUACCAGAGGCAUGAGCUGAGUGAGGUAGGGGACAUGGCAAAUUUGAGCAGGAUGGGCACUGGCGGCCGCAGUCGGGGAGAAAACGGA